AUGACUUUAUCGACUUCCAAGUUAAAAGAUGCUCAAAGCCUGGGUUUAAAAUUUGUUAAAUUUUUAAACUCCACUGGCUCUCCCUUUCACUCCGUUAAACACCUUGUCAAAUACCUAUCUGACCACAACGUUCCUCUUACACAUCUCGGGGAAACUGAACCUUGGAAGCUUGAGAACGGAAAGACCUAUUAUGUUGCAAAUAACAACGGGACAAUGAUGGCUUUCAACAUAGGCCAAAACUUUAAUCCUACUAAGGGAGGAUUGAUUUUGGUGUGUUCUCACACUGACUCCCCUUGCCUCAAGCUUGACUCGAAAUGCCAUACAAAAAACAAAGGAUUUAACCAGCUGUCUGUCACCACCUACGGAGGCGGUCUUUGGCACACCUGGAUGGAUCGUGAUUUAGGUUUGGCCGGCCGUGUAGUAGUAAGGACAAAUGACACCCUCGAGGAGAAGCUGGUACACCUCCAGAGGCCCCUAAUACUGUUGCCAAAUUUGGCAAUACACUUACAAACAUCACAGGAAAGGGAGUCACUUAAGUUGAACAGAGAUACGCAUUUGAAGCCGGUUAUGAGUACUGAGCUUGUUCACGAGUUGACAAAAAGUGAAACUGAGCCCCUCCUAAAACUCUUAUCAGAAGAAUUGAAGUGUAAAGUUGAGGACUUGGUUGACUUCGAACUGUGCCUGAUGGACUCAAACCCCUCGUGCAUUUCUGGAGUGUAUCAGGAGUUCGUUUCUAGCGGCAGACUUGACAACUUGGGAUCGUGUUUCGGGUCAGUGGCCGCCUUUGCCGAUUUCGUUUUAUCUGAUCAGAAUAAGAAUAAUGACGCCGUUGUGGUCACCGUAAGCUACAACUACGAGGAAAUCGGCUCUUCUCUCAGCUACGGCGCCAACUCCAACGUCACUUUUCUCUGGCUUGAGAAGAUCUUCAGCUCCCUUGGGAGCUCCCUGGUCGACACUAGGCACCGCGCUCUCGUUGUCAGUGCUGACAUGGCUCACGGCGUCCACCCCAACUACUCUGAGAAGCACAUCUCCACGCACUCGCCCAUGUUCCACGAGGGCGUCGUCCUCAAGUGGAAUGUCAACGGCAGGUACGCCACUGAGGUCCAGGCCUCUGCCCUUCUGAAGCAGUGUGCCAGGACUGCCAACGUGCCUCUUCAGGAGUUCAGGGUCGGCAAUGAAACGCCCUGCGGCUCCACUGUCGGCCCUAUGUUAGGCCGACGCCUGUGCGUUCCCGUCGCCGACGUCGGCUUCGUUCAACUCGCUAUGCACUCCUGCCGUGAGGUCUGCAGUCUCGUCGACUUGCUCCAUUUUAAGGAUCUUCUGGUGGAACUCUUUAAGUCGAGUCACUUGCUGGAUUCCUACAAGUCCUAUCACUACUAA